AUCGCUCCAAGAUCAUAUCACCACUCUCUUGUAUUGUACCUUUGUCUCUUAAGAAUCUGCAAUCUAAAUCUCACUGUUUCUUCUUCUUCUUUGUUCUUCUCCUCAUCUGUUUCGCCAACCUGCUUGCAGUUCAAUGUCGUUACAAUGUAACAAUAAAGGAACAAUCUCUUCCUCUUAUACCUGCUAAUAAAUCAAAAUAUUAUCUCCUCUUAUCGCUCUUCAUUUCCACCAUUUUAGUCUCGUUCGCCACACGUUUUUGUCUAUUCGUAUUUUGGAAUUUCACUUGUCCCCUGUUUUUUAAAAAUAUUUUUCUAGGAAAAUUGAAAAAACAUACCUAUAAAAUUUCUUCUUUGUCGUACUUGUUGAUUUAAAAAAUACACCUACAAAGAUUUUCUCGAAAAGCUCCGAGGAAAAAAUAUUCCGCGAAAAGCCCAAUCCGUUCUCUGGGAUUGGCGCUUUUUCGGGACCGAAAGGUACGAUCUUUUCUAUCUGCACAUCCUCUUGCCUGUCUAAUUUUCACUCGUUUGGAUGUUUCCGCCUCGUGGGUUUCCUGUUGGACGAACUGAAUUUUUCUGGGUUCCUUUGGUUCGGCGGAAUUUGGGGGUUUUCUGUUCCAAUUCUAGGGUUUAUCCUCCCGCAUGCCCUGAUUACUCUGUUUCUUUCUCGUGCAGGGGGCUAGAGUUCUUGGUUUCUGAGAAUUCCCGUGUGGGGGGUUUUUUCAUCUGGUAUCGAACCAGAAAGGAAAUGUCGAUUCUCCCCAAGAGCGAGUCAAUAAUUAUCCGUGACGUAUGGAACGAUAACCUCGAAGACGAGUUCGAGCUGAUUCGGGACAUUGUCGACGAUUUCCCUUUCAUCGCGAUGGACACAGAGUUCCCUGGGAUCGUUCUACGGCCCAUAGGCAAUUUCAAGAGCGGCUCCGAUUACAACUACCUUACCUUAAAGGCCAAUGUCGACCUUCUCAAGCUAAUCCAGCUCGGCCUCACUUUCUCCGACGACAAAGGCAACUUGCCCACAUGUGGGACUGGCAAGUUCUGCGUCUGGCAAUUCAACUUCCGGGAGUUCAACCCGAACGAAGAUGUCUAUGCCGAUGACUCCAUCGAGCUUCUCUCGCAGAGUGGCAUUGAUUUCAGAAAGAAUAUCGAGAUGGGAGUUGAGGCGAAGCGGUUCAGCGAGCUGCUGAUGUCGUCGGGGAUUGUGUUGAAUGACAAUGUGCAUUGGGUUACCUUCCAUAGUGGGUAUGAUUUCGGGUACCUUUUAAAGCUGCUUACUUGCAAGAAUUUGCCCGAGACGCAGGCGGAAUUCUUCAAGCUGAUCAGGUUGUACUUCCCUGUGCUGUAUGAUAUAAAGCAUCUGGUGAAGUUCUGCAAUAGCCUUCAUGGUGGGUUGAACAAGCUGGCCGAGCUCUUGGAUGUCGAGAGGAUUGGGAUAUGUCACCAAGCGGGUUCGGAUAGCUUGCUCACUUGUUGUACAUUCAUGAAAUUGAAAGAGAGUUUCUUCAAUGGUUCGACAGAGAAGUAUGUUGGUGUGCUAUAUGGUCUUGGUGUGGAGAAUGGACAGAAUACUCAUUGAUAAGAGGGCAAUAGAAAGAAGGAAAAAAAAAAAAUCAUAAUGAAAUAAAAGUAUAAAAAAUGAAGUUUUGGUUAGUGUUACAUCGGUGUUCCAGUUCUCUUCUGUUGCAUUCUGUAUUGUGUUUUCACUGUUUUCUGCUUGCAGGUUUCAACACGAUAUCAGGUAAUGAGGCUUCUCUCUAGUCUCUUCCAUGGGAUGGCUUGCCCUCCAUAUGCCUUCUCCUUCACUAGAUUUGCAUUGCACUCCGGUCCCUAUAGUCUCCUUGUUGCUCGGUGAUGCUCGAGCUGCUGGUAAUCUUGGUUACCGGAUUAGGAAGUGUUACCAUCGUGCAUUAAUUUGGACCAUUUGAUUGGACCGUGGUGUUUGAGUUUUCCGACACUCCUACUCUCUUGCACAGGCUAUGCCAUAGUUCGGCCAUUAGCCAGGAUAUGGCUAGUAAGUCAGCUGCUAAAUCGACAUCUUACCAGGGAUGGUUCCCUAGCAUGGUUUUGUCCUCUUUAGUUCUGAAAUUUUGGCCGUUCUCGAUCACUCAUCCAUGAAGGUUGCAUUGCAUUCUACUGCUUGUGUUAGAGAUUGCUGUUUGCCUAGUGUUUAGUUAGUUAGUGUGAUUACUAUAGGACUUGUACAGGAUUGAUAACAUUGCGUGGCUCAUGUGGACACUAGAGCUUCUUUGCCUUGCUCAUUGAAGAAUGGGGAAACUAGGCCAGGUCGAUUCAGCGAAUUGGUGAAUUAGUCGUGUCCCCUGUCGAUUCUCUUCUGAAACCACCCAUCAAAAUGAACUCCCAGCAAGCCGAUUGCUAUCUUACUGUCCAAUUUUGUUCAACAUCUCGCCUCAUAUGUCAUUGCCCCUUACUGUCCACUGUCCAGUCCCCUAGACUCCCAGUUUGUAAUUUUCCCCUGCCUUUUCAUUAGAUAGAGAAGAGCACCAAGACUUUGCGACUUGCUAAAUCAUAUAACAGUCGAACCAAUCGUGUCAAGUUCUGAAUUGUUUAGUUGCACCUAUCGUGCAUUGCUCCCAGCAGCACGUAGGACUACAUUAGGCAGACAGAACAAACUUAAAUGAGGGAAAAUUAGCUGCUUCAACAUCGUUUUCAUUCAACUGCUGGAUUAUAGCGAUAGGGAUUAGGGAAGACGACAUUAAUGCAAUAAAGAUCCACAUUCCAU